UGCGCAUCAUUGCUCCAGGAUUGUGCUGUUUCGGCCUGUUCCGCGGCCGCUCGGUCAUUUUCGCCUCUUUGUUGUACUGCUAGUGGAUUUAACUCGGAUUCAACCCCAAUAUCCAGCGGACCGUGCUGCUCCCAACCAGGCUCCAAUGAGAGGCUCUCCAUGAUGAGGAGCUAACACUGUCGGCCGCACAACCGCAGGAAGAGACGUGGCCGCUGCACCAUCCACAGUCGACGCAUGGCGGUAUUAGGGAACCCCGACAUGCUGACGAGGAAGAUACAGCUGUGUCACAUCAACGCCCACAUCACAUGUCGUCUGUGUGAUGGCUACCUGAUCGACGCCACCACCGUCACAGAGUGCUUACACACCUUCUGCAGAAGCUGUCUAGUGAAGUAUCUGGAAGAAAACAACACGUGUCCCACGUGUAGGAUCGUUAUUCAUCAGAGCCAUCCACUGCAGUACAUCGGCCAUGACAGAACAAUGCAAGACAUUGUCUACAAGUUGGUACCGGGACUUCAAGAGGCGGAGAUGAAGAAGCAGCGGGAGUUCUAUCAGAAGUUGGGGAUGGAGGUGCCUGGAGACAUUAAAGGAGAUCAUUGCAACAUGAAGACUCAUCUAGAUCAACGUAAUGGCGACGCAAAAUCGGAGGUGACGGCCAAUAAGGAGGCAGGAGAGGAGAAACCAGAGGAGGAAAACGACUAUCAUCGUAGCGACGAGCAGGUCAGCAUCUGCUUGGAGUGCAACAGCAGCAAGCUCCGAGGCCUGAAGCGCAAGUGGAUCCGGUGUUCAGCACAAGCCACGGUCCUCCACCUCAAGAAGUUCAUCGCCAAAAAGCUUAACCUGACAUCAUUUAAUGAGCUGGACAUUUUAUGCAACGAGGAAAUCUUGGGAAAGGACCACACGUUGAAAUUUGUUGUUGUGACAAGAUGGAGAUUUAAGAAAUCCCCCCUCCUGCUCCAUUACAGACCUAAGAUGGAUCUGCUGUAGCUAAAACGGACACAACGGUUGUUGUUUUUUUGUUGUUGUUUUUUUUUUUUUGGGCCCAGUGGCCGCGGACUGAUGCCGAAAACCUUUUUAUUUAUGCAAAGACGAUCAACCAACACCAAGCAAACGCCCGACGGUAAAAGUCAACACGAGCCAGCAGCAUCGGGAUCUAAAAAGAGGGAUGGGUGGGGGACAACUACCAGAGAAACUGGCAACCUCCAGCACAGAUACCGCAACACUGGUCUGUUUUUUUAGGGACUAAAACAACCUCUUUUUUUUUUUUUUUGUCCGCUACAUCCUAGAUAUGUGAACAAAACGAAAAUGAAAAAAACAAAAAGAAGACUAAUGGAGAGAAAGCAUAUAUUUAUACUUUUGUACAGAAGAGACACAUGGAAGCAAGACACUACUGGUGCUCUGUUUACACCCAAACAAGAUGUCGGGAAUCACGUGACCGUCUUUUUUUUUUUUUUGAGCUUCGUGCAGAUUUCAUCCUCCUGAGACAGUGACUGCGAGCGGAGGACGAACCUUUUUCUUUUAUAUAUACUUUUGUUUUCCCUUUUUCUCCAACAAUACACUCGACGCGUCUCGGGAGCACAGAACAUAUACGGAAAAGUUAUAUAACAGGCAUCACUUUUAAGCUGUUUAUCAAGUUUUUUCUUUUUUUAAUUUGUCAUUUUGUUGGCUUUGUCUGAUUUGCUAUUGGGUUCUUUGAUGAUUGUCAAUUGUGAAUAGGCUGAAAAUUUUGUGUAGUAAUUUAUGUUCUAUAUACCAAUAUUGUACAUAAAAUGUCAUUACAGACAGAGAGAGAGAGAGACUGAAGAGAGUAAGAGAGACUUUAGACUGUUAAAAAGAGAGAAGAGUGGAUCCCAGAAGUACUAUCUAUAUGUUGGGCCAUAAAUUAGGAUUUUUAAAGACAGACUCGCUAUCGGUAUCAAAGUAUAUAGAAGCAUCUUUAUGUUGUCUGAGAAAGACACAAAACAAAUAUAUCAGAUCCUGUCUGUGGGGUCUGAGUAUCUCACUUUGCUCUCACAGCAUCACAAGACUUUAAACCCCCCCCCCCAUGCUCAUCAUCUCACCUGUUUUUUUGGGACACCGUUAUCAACCAACUCUGUCGCAACACAAAACGCUCAUGUUCAAAAAAUGCCUGCAACACCUACAAAUGCAAUAUUUGGGCAGAGAGCUCGUUCAUUUUGGUAGAUCUUCACACCGUGAAGUGCUUAUUAAUAUCCAUCCUCAAACACUGACGCACCCGCAUGUUUACGGCCCCUUCACACCGAGCAUCUCACUCCGCUACGUUCUCACUUCUCAAAAGCUGCAAUAGAAAUGAUUCCUUUGUUUUUUUGUAAGUUGUGAAACACAACAACGGUCUCAAAAGACAACGUGGAGAUGCAACAGAGUACAACAUCUACGCCUGUUUGCCCCAAAAUUUAACCUCUGGUGUAAAGUGUGAACACGUCCUCGCCCACUGGAAGUGAAUCUGCAUGUUUAAGUUGAGAGCAGAGUCUGAUACAGACACCAGUUCAUGUCGAUGACGUCUCAUCGUUGUGUUUUUGGGUAUUUUUCAGUUCCUUCUCACUGCCGGUCGGAGUCGCAGACGUGCAAAGUGUUUAAGAGAACUUCUGAAAGUCAAGUUGAUAUCUUUUUUUUGGCACAAAAUCUGUACAAAACUUGGAUUGUUUUUUUAAAUUUUAUUUUGCAGGACAGCCAGUGUUCAAUAUUAUUGACUUCACAAGACACAAAUUUCUGAGUAUUUUUGAGAACUCGCAAAUUCAGGUUUUCGCACAGGGAGUGUUUUUUUGAGCAUUUUGAUAAUGACAUUCUGAAUUAAAUGACUACUGUUCUGGUCAUUUGGUGCUUCUAAAUGUAUGUUUCUAAAAUGUUCUGUCAAACGACGACAUGUCUUUACUCGCAACAUUCAAAGCAGACUUGCUGAACUGUCUUUAACGUCGACCACAACUGGAUCCGUGAACGCCGCGUCAGACCUCAAGUAUUACCUCACUGACUGUCACUCACCCUCUGCAUUGUAUCUGCCACUACAAGCCGUCUCAUGUGUGUUCACAUGCAGGGUUCCUGUGCAUCACGAGGCCCCCAAAUGUCUGGCAAAACAUAUUCAUUUGACAACUUUCUUUGAAUUUGGACAACAAAUCUGAACUGUAUGACACACAGACUUCUAUGAAAACCUUCUUUUCAUUCACAGAAUUGUGAUAUUUGCAGUUUUAUGUGGUGAGCUUCUGGCAAAGUCGUUUGAAUUUGAGAUCUGGAGAAAUUUGGGGCGUGUAGAUGUAUAGGAGCCCUGCCUCAUCAGGACCUACGUUUGUGUUAAACGGAGGUUUUAUAGCCGACAGGUCUGUACCGAACCAGCUCAACCAAAACUCCUCCUGCUGUCUCUCAGUUCUCUUCUCACGGUGACCGUUGUGUUUCACCCUUCACCCAGCGAGCUCUGUAAAGUGUUCAUUGUUUUUGGUUGUCAUUUUUUUGGUCCCUAAAAUCGUGGAAAGUGUGGGUUUAAGAUGACGGUACACCUGCUUGCAGGGUUAGAGGAAAAAAUGAUUUGAAAACUAUACGUUUCAGCAGAAACAUUCUGCAUUUUUAAUCGCGUUGGAGUUUUGUGAUUUCUCCUCGUUUUUCUCUGCUCAUUUAUUUCUGAAAACAUUUUGUGAUUGCAGCAGCUAACAACGUCUCGAUGAGUAGAAACGGACAGAGAACUAAAAUCUGAAAUUCAUGUUUUUUACCCAGGUAAAUGGAGCUUUUUCUGGGGAUCCAUGAGUAGGAAUGGAGGAUAAUAGUCACUCAGGGAGGAGAUGUCACUAAACCCUAAACACUGUCCCUUUAAAAAUGAUUAAAAACCAAAAACAAUGAGCCUCAUCAGCUUGUCAGUUCAUGGAAGAGUAUUGUGUUGGAACUUGUUGAAAAUAAUAAUAAUGUCAAAUUGUGCGCGAUGUCUUUGUGCAGACUUUGUCAUUUGAAGGCUGAGACGCAGGUUAUCUCACAGAAAUAAGACCAACGUUAAGUAAAGUUAAACACACUCA